CCAGAGGUUGGGUAGUUGAAGAGUCCACACGAUAGACAUACAUAUAUUUUGUGUGUGCGUGUCUGUGUUUCUAUGUGUCUGUCCAUGCCUGAAUGCUCAUGGGGUGUCGUGUGUGCUCUCAGACACGUACAAGUGCUCUACGCUAAUGUCUUGACUCCUCAGUACCCCCCUGCCCUCCCUCUCUGUCUCUGCCGUCCUCCAGCCGUGUCUCCCACCCUCCUGGCACACACAGACACAGCCCGCAGAGUCACAACCCCAUGUGUCACACAGAGCCACCGGUGGCUGUGCCCACCGCCCAUCAUUCGAUCAAUCACCUUUGCAGCGGCUAUCAGGUUGUCCAGUGUGAACCAGCUGGGAGGCCCACCGGCCAGCGGCCUCUCAACAGGCUUCUGUGAGGCGUCAUAGCUGUAGAAGGCGAGAUUCGCCAGGCGGAAGCUGCGCCAGAGUGGCGAAGGGUUGUAUAGGAACAGCCGCAGCCGCAGCGUGCCACACGGAUGGAGAGGCGACAUCUGACACCGACACACACUCACGGAUAUGGGACAUAAGAAAUCAGGCCGACGCGAGAAAGCUGGCCGAUGGAUCACCUGGGGUUUGUAUAUGGCGUGCCAGGCGAAGGCAUCUUCCUCGAAGUGGGCCGAGCGCAUCAGAGCAUGCCUCCGCAGGACCGUCGUGAACCGCGGCGAUGGCGGAUCUGACAUAUGGGGAGGAUGAGUCGGUUUGCCGUCGGCAUAUGGCUCGGGGAUGGCCUGUUGGAUGGUGAGAUGGGCCGUGUGUGAUGAGUUCUGGAAGACAAUGCAGUGGAGGGCGUGUGCCGGGGCGUCGAUGAUGAUGUCCAGGUAGAUCUCGCACGGGCGUCUGCUGGAAGAGUGCUGCAGGUCGCUCGUCUUGUGCGGCAGCUCCACCCACAUCCAAUGCGAGGUUCCACGCGAG